GCGGGCGGCGUAGGAUGUGGCCGGGGCGGGCGCCGGGCGGACCGCGCUUCCUAGUCCUGUCCGCGCCGGGUCAACUAGCGACAUGCGGCGCCCGGACGCCAAGGUGGUACUGCUGGGCGGCGCGAGCGUGGGGAAGACCUCGCUGCUGCGGCGCUACACUGAGCGGCGCUUCCCCGACUCGGUCAGCACCGUGGGCGGCGCCUUCUACCUGAAGCCCUGGCGCUCGCUGCACCUGUCCCUGUGGGACACCGCGGGGCGGGAGCAAUUCCAUGGCCUGGGCUCCAUGUACUGCCGGGGCGCGGCCGCCGUCAUCCUCACCUACGAUGUGACGCACCCGCAGAGCCUGGUGGAGCUGGAGGACAGGUUCCUGGGCCUGACGGACUCGGCCAGCAAAGACUGCCUGUUCGCCAUCGUGGGCAACAAGGUGGACCUCAUGGAGCAGGGCAGGGAGGGAAACGGCGGCCCCCAUGCCUGUCCCAGGUCGCGGGAGGUGUUGCGGGAGGACGCAGUGGCCCUGUACAAGAAGAUCCUCAGGUACAGGAUGCUGGACGAGAAGGACAUGCCGCCUGCUGAGCAGAUGUGCUUUGAGACCAGCGCUAAGACCGGGUACAAUGUGGACCUCCUCUUCGAGACUGUGUUCGACAUGGUGGUGCCCAUGGUCCUGCAGCACAAGGCUGAGGAGCCGGUGGAGACUGUGGACAUCACUAGCCAGAAGCCCCCCAAACAUACCAGAUCUGGGUGCUGCACCUGAGCCACCUUGGGACUGACUCCCUGUGAGGAGUGUGGGGCAUCGGGGUCGCACGGAGGAUGGCAGAGUGGAGGUGUCUGCUGGUCACCGCCUCUAUGUGCAUGGAUGCUAGCCACAGAGCUGGGAUGCCUGUGCUGCUGUCCCGUGCCCCAUGUGUCCCCAUGGCUCCUCUGUGACUGCUAUCUUUGUGCCAUGGAGUCUGUGGUCGGGGCAGCUGUGUGGCACCUGCCUGUGCCUAUGGGUCACUACACCUGGCAGCUCUGUCCCUUGCCGCUGUCCCCAAAAGUCUCUCUGCACCACCUCGUCCUGGGGUCCUUCCCACCCCAGUACUUGUUGCCUUAGAGCAGUGACUCUCCACAUCCAGUUUAUACACAGCCAGGAGUGACUUUCAUGUCAGAGGAAGCAGCAUGGCCUUCGGAUUAUUAAAAUCGAUUUUGGGAAAA